CCUCGUCCUUAUGUAGACAUUAAAAUUGAUAACAAAAAAUUAAGAUAAGAAAUUAUCUGAGUAAUAAUGGAAAAUUUUCAUUUUUUAGUCGUGUUCCUAAACCUUGAGAUUUAUCAAUUUCAAAUAUCAAUCCAGCUCCAGUACUUAUUAUAUCAAUAAACAUAAAAUCACUCAUAAAAUUAUUAAUCAAAAGAAGAUGAUCCUAAGUAGGCAGUCGUCAAAUUACUAUUUUGAUUGGAGCUGAAAAGGAAAAAAUAAAGAGGUAAUGAAGACUAGGAAGGGGAGGUAACUUAUUAUUUAGAAAAAUCAGCAUAAAUUAAUUAGGAAUAUUUUAAAAGAAAAUAAAAAUAUGGCUCUACCCCUUUUAUAUAUACAAGGUUUUAUAAAAUUAAAUAUAAAUAGCAAGAACAAAUUUCAAAAAGUGUUCUUCAAUAUAAUAUCCCUAGUCUGAUGGAAUAAGUUGAUGGAAUGUGUCC